AUGGACUUAACGCUACUUGUGACUUUGCUGCUACCAGCAGAUCAGGCCUUGCCCUUUGACGAAGUAAGCAAAGAUGUCCCCGAUGAAAGCAAAGUUCAAAAGCAAAAUGACACCGAUGGCGUCUGUGUCUUUAAAUGCCUACUCAACAGAGACACUGAAUGUUGCCGCGUGGGCAAGGAGUCCAUCUUGAUUACUCUGGGAUAUAACAGUGCUUUGCUGAAGUUUGAGUCUCCCACUGAUCUCAGCUCAUUUUCAAAUACCUUGAAAAGAUGCCGGAAUGAGAAAAAGGAAUCCUCAGUGUUCAGCCAGCGGACAGAAGAGGCUUCUGCUGUGCAGUACUUCCAGUUUUAUGGCUGCAUUUCCCAGCAGCAGAACAUGAUGCAGGAUUUUGUGAGGACAGCCACUUACCACAGAGCCAUCCUCCAGAACCACAUUGACUUUAGAGACAAGGUUGUUCUAGAUGUUGGUUGCGGAUCAGGAAUACUGUCAUUUUUUGCUGUACAGGCUGGAGCUAGGAGAGUGUAUGCUGUUGAAGCCAGUUCAGUCGCACAAUAUGCUGAGGUAACAAAGAACCUUGGAGAAGGUAGGUCAUGAAGAUGGGACACAGCUUGUGAGACACGAGCCCUUCCUGCUACCUCCUUCUCCAGUCCAGGUAAGCAGGGGCUCGUGGUUCCCUUAAAGGUGAGGUUCAUGUGUUGACUAGAAGCUGCAACCCCUACCCCUGUAGCUAGUUCUUCUAGGAGCCAAGAGAAAAACCAUCUUUUUCUUCAUGAGGAACUGAUUUUGAAGCACUUCAGCAGGCAGACAGGUCUACCAUGUAAGAAGGAAACCUUCCUCCAUUGAUAAAACUACCUUAGCAGAGUUGCAGUUUGGAGAAGUCCAUGUUUGGGGUGCCUGGG